CUUGCGGGAGGGGAGGGGACCCGGCACAACCAGCCUCGUUCUCCGCCCGUCCGUGGCGCGUUUCGGGUUCUCUCCCGGCGCGCAUACACGCACGCAUACAUACACACACGUGGGCGCUUGUCGCCUGCGAUCGCUGCUGGACACCGGCCCCUUCGGGCGAAAGAGGCAGCUGGGUGCAAUCUCCGGGAGGGGGGCGUUCUCCUGGCUGGGCUCUCUCUGGCUGCCAGCCGGUGCCAUCUCAAUUUAGGAGCGUGGGAGCUUGUGGAAAGCAGGGAUCCGAGCUCGGAAAACCCGCGGCUGAAGCGGCGGCCAGUUGUCUUUUUCCACGCCACUCUUUCAACUCUCUAAGAAACUUUGGUCUUGAGACGUGCUUUUUUCGGAGUUUGAUUAUUAAGAUCUACUCUCUCUUUUUCUUUUUUGCAAAGAGGGGGAAGCAGCCCUCUUUCCUGUUGCAAGCUGCUUGCCCUAGUAGCAACCUGCUUAAAUAAUAACAAUAAUCCUUGCAACCUGUUGCAUUUUUUAACAAUCAUCAACCUGUUGCAGUUUUUAAUAGAAAGCGAGUGCCGGGCUGAACGCGCCAUCUGUUGCAACGUUUGCUUGCAAACCGCACCGUGACUUGCGACCUGUUGUGCUCGAAAGCGCUGUACUGCGAGGGCUCGCAACCCGGUGCACGCUACUGUGUUUGGACGAGAGAUCUGUACGUUGCCUUUUUUUUUUUUUUAAACCUACAUCUAUCUCCAUAUUAAAAAAAAUCUCAACCGUCUUCGCACACUUCCACUGCAGAAACAAAACGAAAAUCCCCAAACCCGUUUUUUGGGGAGGGGGAGGUGAAGAGUGAAGAGAAGCGCUACUUAAAAAGAAAGAAAACCCUCUAAAAUGCACUGCUAUCUCUUGAGUGUCUUCCUCACCCUGGAUCUGGCCACCGUGGCCUUCGCCCUGAAUACCUGCAGUACCCUCGAUAUGGAUCAGUUUAUGCGUAAGAGGAUUGAGGCCAUCCGAGGGCAGAUCCUGAGCAAACUGAAACUCACCAGCCCUCCGGAAGAGUACCCGGAGCCCGAGGAGGUCCCCGCGGAGGUCAUCUCGAUCUACAACAGCACGCGGGACCUGUUGCAGGAGAAGGCGAACCACAGAGCCGCCACUUGCGAGAAGGAGAGGAGCGAGGAGGAGUAUUACGCCAAAGAGGUCUACAAGAUCGACAUGCUGUCUUAUGGCCCUUCCGAAAAUGUCAUCCCACCACCCCCUUUCAUCCCCUAUUUUAGAAGAGUGAUAUUUGAUGUCUCGGCAAUGGAGAAAAACGCUUCCAACCUGGUGAAGGCAGAGUUUAGAGUCUUUCGCUUGCAGAAUCCAAAGGCUCGGGUAUCGGAACAAAGGAUAGAACUGUAUCAGGUUCUCAAAUCCAAAGAUCUAACGUCUCCAAUGCAACGCUACAUUGAUAGCAAGGUAGUUAAAACAAGAGCCGAGGGCGAAUGGCUAUCUUUUGACGUAACUGACGCCGUCCAUGAAUGGCUCCAACACAAAGAUAGGAAUUAUGGAUUUAAGAUAAGUUUACAUUGUCCAUGCUGCACGUUCGUGCCUUCAAAUAAUUAUAUAAUCCCAAAUAAAAGUGAAGAGCUAGAAACAAGAUUUGCAGGUAUUGAUGACUACUACACAUAUCCCAGUGGUGAGAAAACUAAUUGGACUAAUAAGAAAAAAUACAGUGGGAAGACCCCACACCUUCUGCUAAUGUUAUUACCCUCCUACAGACUUGAGUCACAACAGUCCAGUCGGCGGAAGAAGCGUGCUCUAGAUGCAGCCUAUUGUUUCAGAAACGUUCAGGAUAACUGCUGCUUGCGUCCAUUUUAUAUUGACUUCAAGAGAGAUCUCGGAUGGAAAUGGAUAAAUGAACCUAAAGGAUACCAUGCAAAUUUCUGUGCAGGAGCUUGUCCCUAUUUAUGGAGCUCAGAUACUCAACACAGUAGAGUACUCAGCUUGUACAACACCAUCAAUCCAGAAGCAUCUGCAUCUCCAUGCUGUGUAUCCCAGGAUCUAGAACCCCUCACCAUCUUGUAUUACAUUGGCAAGACCCCCAAAAUUGAACAACUUUCUAACAUGAUCGUGAAGUCUUGCAAAUGCAGCUAAGGAAUACUCCAAAAUUGCACAGCAUGUGCAUUUUCCCCCAAAAAAGAAAGGAAGGAAGAAGCAUACAAAGAGGAAGAAAUAAAACAAACACAUAGAAUCAGAAGUAUUUUUUUAAAAAAAGGGAAACAAAGCGGUACUAGUUUGAAACGUUUGAGAGUUUGUUUCAUUAUUUGGUUUAAAAACAAAAAAAACUGGCAUCUGAAGAAAAACCGUGAAGGCCUCAACCUACACUUCAACUACUUUGGUUAAUGAGAUAGACAAGAAGCAUUUAAAAAAAAAAAGCAAAAAAAAAAUACUAACAAGAAAGAAACCUUUUAAAAAAUAAACACUGGAAGAAUUUGUUAGAGUUCUUAUGUGAAAGGAAAAAACAGGAAAAAUCCCAUUAAGUGGAGUUGCUGUAUCUAUCCCGUGGCUUACUUGAUCUCUGUGUUGUUAUGCCAUAGACAACCUAACCCAUUCCCUGUAGUUAUUAGAAUUAAAAGUGCCUUAUUUAUUUUUUGUGUAAUACGAUCAAAUGAGAACAUGUCGUCGCCAUUGGGGAGGAAAAAGACACAAACGUGGAGACCAAAUAAACUGCUAGAAACUUUGUUUAAUGCCUAGGAAACAUGAGCUCCAACAAAGUCCUGAUACAAUGAUUAGUUUAGCUCAAUUAAAAUAGUAGUCUGUUAUUAUAUUAUUAAAGAAGUCUGCCUUUGGAGGAAAAAAAAGCCACACAUCUUGUUUUUCUUGCCAAGACCCUAGGAAGGCUUUAUGGAAAGCUUCAUACAUUCAGUUUUAAAUACUGAAAUGCUUAUUAAUAAAGGACAUUUUGUUUCAGUCUCAAAGACAAGUCUAUUAAGAUUUUUUUAAAAAAAUUGUAAAUGAAUAAACUGUCCGUUUAGUAAACCAGUGAAAUAUUUAACAUGUAUUGGUCUACUCUUCAGACCCUAAUACAUUGCUGUAUAGCUAUGCUUUGGGAUUUGUUCAUGGUGUUGUUGUUUUUUUGUUAUAUGUAACCAUGCCUAUAUUAUUACAAUAGGUGGGUAGUAAAAAGCCAGCUUAAUUGGAAACAUAUCUGUAGAUCUCUAUUGUAAACUAUUAAAAAAUUAAGUACUUUAUGUGUAAUGUGUACAUUUUCACCAUGUUUUUGUAUUCUGUAUACUGUCAACUCUCAAGAGUUUGAAUUUGGGGGCUCAAUCUUGUCGAUCAAUCAGAAUCGUGUGUUUCCCUCUAGCUGGCCAGUAUGAGUAGAGUCCCUGUAUUUCGACUUGCACUACAAAUACAUGUUUUAUAAUAUUUGCUAUA